AUGGAAUGUUCGAGGAAUUCCAGUACGCCUAGGAUCUUAGUACCCUUGUACAGUACUCAUCGUUUUGCAUACAGAGCGCUACUUGCUAAAGUGUCCUAUAAUCCAUCAUCCGACGUUCUAGUCAGCGUUGGCGACAUCGUGGCCAAAGGACCCCAUUCCGGAUCCAUGCAAGUACUGGAAUUCAUGGCCUCUCAUAAUAUCACAGCCGUACGAGGAAACCACGACCAGAAGGUUAUUGAAUGGCGGACUUGGCUUGAAUGGAUACACUCUCUUCCAGGUGGUAGCAAUUGGCUUUUCCAAGUCCAAGAUAAAUGGGAGAAGGCUCAGGAGCGCGGUGCAGAUGAUGUAGAAGAAUGGGUGGAAGAGCAAGUGCGACAUGACAAGAAACAUAGCAAAUGGUGGAAGAAGAUCCCUGAAGAAUGGCAGUUGUUUGGCGAUCAUUACAGGAUUGCGGAAGGGAUGACACAGGAGCAGUACUCGUAUAUGAUUCAAAGACCGGUGCGGAUCCAUGUUCCGCAUGCACACACGUUCAUCGCACAUGCUGGAAUCCUGGCCUCGGAUCCGAACUACAAGCGCAAGGACAAGCGGCAACCAUUAUCACAUAUCCCGAUACUGUACGAGGCCGAGACUCGCAAAGAAGACACUUCCUUUCUUCGUCGAUUGCAAGAGCUGGCGAUUCUGAACGAGAUACCGCAGAAUCUGAUCCCUUGGGUCACACUCAACAUGAGAGGUGUUCUUGACGAUCAUACCGUUACAAGAAAGAAAAACGGUACCCCUUGGGCACAACUUUACAAGAAGGACAUGAAGCAUUGUGCCGGCUUUGAUUCCAAGAAGAAAGGUUCUCUUCCGUGUCAUCCAUCGACUGUGGUGUACGGUCACGCUGCUAGUCGGGGGCUUGACAUUAAUCGCUGGACCAUUGGUUUAGAUUCAGGUUGUGUAUACAAUCAACGUAUGACGGCGCUUGUCCUGGGUGGAAAGCUUGCUCAACAACUACCGGGCACCAUAGAAGACGAGUAUGACGGCGAAGCUAUCGAUAUAGACGGCAACAUUCUGAGCUCCAGACCGAAAUUUGGAGACAGUGGACGUGGAAAGAUUUACAGCGUUCCAUGUUAA